UGGGAUCAAUAAGGUACAUCUAUCUUUCUUAUAUGAACAUAAUUUCACUAGUUACAAUUACCUUUCAGAUAUCUGACAUAAAGUUCUAGAUAUCUGAAACAUUGAUCUGAAACACGGUACAUUCUCACUUGUUGCAAAUUCAAGCCGACAUAUAAAUAUUUAAUAAAAAUAAUGUUAGAAUUGACAUUUUGACUCAUGAUAAUGAAUGAAUAAGAAUUGCAAUGAUUCCAAAUUACAUAAUGGAUAUGGUGGCUUGGAAUUUUAUUUCGUAAAAAAAAGUUUGCUAUUGCUCUCGCUGCCACUGUUAAAAUGGUAAAACACCACACUAGAGGACAAAGCACCACAUAUCCAACUGUGUCUUAACACAGUCUGGAAAAGCAGCCAGAUUUGUUCAAAGGUGGCUGACCUACUUACUCAGACUUAUUUGGGUCAAGAAAUACAUGUGGAUGAGACUGCAGCUUUAUUUUCAGACGCAGCCGUCUACAGCAAAUGUGUUGGUUCCCAAGUAACCACAAGAGGCCGCACUUGUUCCACCUCAAAACCUAAUCUAUUAAAGGGAUAGUUCAGGGAUUUUGAAGUGGGGUUGUAUGAGUUGAUUGUGCAUAGUUAAUUUUACCUCAUGGAGAUGGUGAUCAGCGAUCUCAUUUCACAGAGUUUGGAGGAGAAGUGGAAGUAGCGAAAGUCGGAGUCGCACUGUAAACGUCUUUUACGGUGGUCCCCUCUGCAAGGUAACAUAUUAACUAUGCAUAAGUAACUCAUACAAACCCACUUCUAUGUAACCACUUCUAUGAACUAUGUCUUUUACUUGGUAAUAAAGAAGAAAACCCUUGAAUCAUGACUAAUUAAAAAAGACACACUCUUUUUUUUUUUUCAGGGGGAAUACACUGAUAUUACAGGAAACAGGCCAUCCAUUAAUUAAAUCGUUAUUUGUUUAGGUGGUUAAGCAUUUCAUGUAAAGCAUUUUAAAACAUGCAAGCAUGAGUAGAUAUAUUUAAAUUUAGUAAUUAGUAAUUAAUUAUCAUUUAUUGAUUCCUGGCAAAUCAAGCAGAGUAUUAAUGAAACUAUUAUCACAUUUACUAAAAAGAAGUACAUGACUACAUUUACCAACUAGUAUGUAUAUUAGCAAUUAUUUCUACAGAAUACCAAGUAUGUAAACAAAUAAUAGCUGUCUUAAUUGCAUUAGACAUUAGAGCCCCACAAAAUCACAUUUCACAAAUGCUCAUAUAAACAUGUACACAUUAUGAUAUUGACCGUUCCAGAUAAUAAGAGGAAUCAUAUUAACUCUACAACGCUCCCAUUCCCUUCUCGUCUUUAAAGUGAGAUCCUCUGAUUCAGUUGCAGUUACAUAAUAGUUUUCAAUGGCUCGAUUGUCUCCAGGACAGUUGUUGACACUGUUAAGACGUUCAAAAGGUCACACCCCCCCAACGACAGUUUGAUUUGGUUUUAUUGUACAACAACCAACAUUUACACUUCACAGUGAGCAAUAAAGUGUUUUUUAACAUAUUAUCUAAUAGGUGUUAAAAAAUUAAAUAAAAAAGUAACACGCAGCCUAGUUGAUAGAUUGAAAGAUGAACACUCUGUACAUUUUGGGAUGUAGGUCAAUGUGAUAAUUAUCUCCCAAACUGAAAUAUCAUAAAUUGCGACACUUUAUGACAAAAUAAAAUUGUAGGUUUCUGUUUUUAACAUACUGGGACAAGUUACGUUCGGUUACUCCGACAAAGUCGAUGUAAAAGAAACACUUCAUUUAGAAUAGAAGCAAAUCUGUUCCUCUGACAGAUUAUUAUUCUGCAUAUAGAUGUAGACUGCAUUCAUCUGGAUGAGAUGUUUGUAUAAAGCCAGAUCAAUUGGAAUUGAAAACUUGCCCUAUUAAUGGAGCGUUUGUCUUUGCUGUUUAUGUAAACAGAGUCAUCAGACAGAGAGGCAGAAAAAGCUGCGUUCAGGGUGGGUUGAUGACAGCCCCUGGUUCUGCAUUGCUGACGAAAGCUGCUUAGCUCCUCAGUUGCUAUGGCAACCAGGGAGAGCAGCCAGACAAAAAAAACGAGGCAAAGGGGAGGGGCUUUGAAGGGAGAAAUAGAGGAGAAAGGGCUGGAUGGGAAAGAUAGAGAGAGAGAGGGAUACAGACAACCGAUAGAGAAACGCACAGAGCAGCAGGAUAAAGCAAGGCUACAGACGAAGGAAAUAAAUGUUCACUCCACUGGCUGGGGAAUAAAAACUGCAGCUAGUGACUGGAGGUUUCAGAGAAAGGGGGAAACCGAGAGAAGAUGGAUGUACAAAUGGAAAACAUGGACCCCCCGCCUUGUGAAUCCCAGCCGAGUGGAAAAAUCAGAAAAGGAUUCAAGCUGUUUGGCAAACGCAAGCCAGGUAACAUCUUUUCUAUUCGAAGCAAAGGGGAUGGAAACAAGUCACCUGUUAACAAGAGCAAAACCCUAGAUGGAUUAUCAGAGACGGCUGCACCAGAUUUGGAGCAGGAUCCAGACAAGGAAAAAGGACCGGAGGUGAGUCAAGGAGAGAGGGAGCAGGCAGAAGAGGAGCUGUUUGGUGAAGAUGGCGUUCUGGCUGCUGCCGAUGCUCGCGCCUCCAUUUCUUCUACAUGCUCGGUCAAGUCCCUGAGCUUUUUGUCAUUACUGAGGGGUGGUCGUAGAGGAGUGGGGGACCGGCGAGUCCACACUGUGUCCCAGCCUGUGAGUCGGCAACGUCGUGGGCUGAAAGGUCUCUUCGGCAAUGUUAAAUUCCGCUCAAAAGAUAAAGAGGACAAGGAGGAAGCCCCUCCGAGCCCACUUCUCAUGUCGUCCCGUGCCAACAGUGUGGAAAUCAUCAAAGAGGACCUCACGCUCACCCCCCAAUUUCAGCCUCGAUCUCUGGAUAGCCCUGAGACUGAGAGCUUAGCAACACCGGACAGGAAAGUCCCGUCCCUGUCAGAGACCAUAACGCCCCAGGUGACAGCAGGGAGUGUGAGUAGGACUGAUGAGCGUGCCCCUGAACCACCAUUUGUACCCGGUGAUAACAGCCUGAGCUCCUUGCUGGCAGACAUCUCCUCUCUCCUGACCUUUGACUCAAUUUCAGGGGGUGGUGACAUCAUGGCUGAUGUGGAGGCAGAAUGGGGCAAAGCCAGCAGUGCUAUCAGUGCUGUGGUGAGUGACACAGUCACGCCACCGUCUGCAUCUCUCUUCUCCAAACCCUUCAUCUCCUCACCGCUGACUUCAUCCUCGGUCAGCACAGCCGCUGUGGCAAAACCCUAUUCUGUAGCCAUCCCCACAACAGCCUCGAGCCAAUCCUUCACUCCUCUGACAACAUUCACCUCUUCACCCAUUGCCAAGCCGAGCACGAUCAUCACAACAUUGACCAAAUCUUCCACCCUUACAACUCAGUCAGUCAAAUCAAACUCGGAUUCUACUGCAGCCUCUGCCAGCAUUAAGAUUAAAUCAAUUCCUAUGCCCACCAUGACACAACUUUCAACCACCCCUCUCACAUUCACAAGCCUUUCACCUCCAAUAAUGUCUUCCUCUACGAUAACAAUUAAAUCCACACAGAGCUCCACCUCUGCUACUACCACAGCUCCUCCGAACACCCCAGCGACUAUCGCCAAACCUCCCUCAGUUAGUCUAACUCUUACCUCAACAGCAAGCAAAUUGGCUUCAGAACUUGCAGCACCUCCUCCAGCUUUUGGUUCAGUAAGUAAAUCUAUCCCUGUAGCUACUCCACAUCUUGUAUCAGCUAGACCUCCACCAGUAAUGCAUAGCCCUCCCACCCCUGUUGCAUUCAUGCAACCUCCCUCCACUAAAUUGGAUUCUGCUUCCAGUUUGAACUUGCAAACCUCUACUUCCUACAAACCUUUGCUAACUUCUGCUGCGGCCGGAGCUAAAGCCACAGUGACAGAAUCAUCUGCACCAGUUAUUCCCUCAAAGAUGACAACUGUUCCCACAUCAACUACAACUUCAGGCUCGGCAUCUACGGACGUUUCCAAGCCUAAAAUCCCCUCCAGCCAAAUGGGCCCAAGUAAGACCCCUCCUUCCCUUGUCACUGUUCCAGAUUAUUGUCCUCCCCCUACCCUGAGUCCAACAACUAAAACCCAACCCAGCCCUGCAUCUGUCCCAACUCCAUCAUCAACUUCUUUAGAUAAGAUUCCUCCCACAGCUAAACCCACUCCUGUACCAGUCUCUUUAGAUAAGACGCCUCCUGCACCCACACCUACUCUAACCCCUUCCAGUCAUGCUGUUGUUUCCACAGCAUCCCCAACACCUCCUGUUCCGAGUCAGAGUCCUAAAGAUCCCAUUGCACCUGCUCAAAUUCCAAUUUCUGUGUCUAAAUAUCCCCACUCUCCUGCUCAGAUCCCAGUUUCUGUAUCUAAAGACCUUCCUUUGCCUACUCAGACCCAGGUCUGUGUAUGUAAAGACCCUCCUGCAUCUGUUUAUAGCCCAGUUACUGUAUCUAAAGACCCUCCUACAUCUGUUAACAGUCCAGUUACUGUAUCUAAAGACCCUCCUACAUCUGUUUACAGUCCAGUUACUGUAUCUAAAGACCCUCCUACAUCUGUUUACAGUCCAGUUACUGUAUCUAAAGACCCUCCUACAUCUGUUUACAGUCCAGUUACUGUAUCAAAAGACCCUCCUUCAUCUGUUUACAGUCCAAUUACUGUACCUAAAGACCCUCCAGCUCCUGCUCAAAUCCCAGUUUCUCAAUCUAAAGCCCCUCCUGCAUCUGUUUACAGUCCAGUUACUGUACCUAAAGACCCUCCAGCUCCUGCUCAAAUCCCAGUUUCUCAAUCUAAAGCCCCUCCUGCAUCUGUUUAUAGCCCAAUUUCUGUAUCGAAAGCCCCUCCUGCCCCCGGCCCUGCUCCUUGCCCUGUCCUCUCUCUUCCCUCUGCCCCUGAACAUAGGCAGAGUGAAGCCCCAGGCUCUGCUAAAAUGACAGGAAGUGGACAGGUAUCAACGGAUUGCCUGCUGGUUAAUCCAAGUAGCACAGGUGGCCCAGGUGCCCAGACCACGUCGUCCAAAACAAAAGAACUGCACAGUGAGUCAAGAACAAGCCUCCAGGGCCCCCCAAGAGAAAAGAAGACACCACCGGCAAAGGCAUCAGGGCUUAGCAAAAUACCUGUGGUUGGAGGGGGCAGAGCAGGCAAGCUACCUGUGCGGGACAGCCAACAUUGUGAUGAUGAAGCAAGCAGAGACCCAACUUCUCCUGUACUAGAAGAGGAGAGGCCCCGUUUCAACUCAGAUGAUGCAGGGAGAAGCAAGGAUAAAAUCUGUGAUGUUGAUGUGCUCACUUUAAAACACAGCCAGGAGGAGAACCAGCAGCCUCCCCAGCCAAAAGUACAGACCAGUUUACCCCGUGACUCCAAGAUCCCUGUGAAGCACGGUGCACAGGCUCACGUUGCUUCCCAAAUCCCUCAAGCUAAAGAACCACAUCGCACCAAGAUACCCGUGUCCAAGGUUCCUGUCCGCAGAGCUGGUAAUAAACCUGCAGUUGCAGGAAGCAGCACCCACAUGAGGAAAUAAAGCAAUGGACUGAAUCAAUCAAGGAUACAGAUUAUGGUUUGGACUUUUUUUUCCAAUUCAACUACAUGGCCACCCUUUUUUAAAUUCAUAUUUCUAAACUGUAAUUCUUGGCUUGUCUCUGCCAUAUCUUGGCUUCCCUACACAAUAAGCAACAGUUACCGAGUCAAGGAGGCUGAGAGCACUCAAGCACAAAACAUCUCCACAGGGAGCUUAGGCAUCAAGGCUGGCUUUUUGGUGCUGAGCCAACGGGACAUGCACUCAGGAAAGGUUCGGGGUCACACCUGAGCACACAGCAGCAUCGGGAACUAAGGAUAAGCAAGAUAAAAGGUCGUUGGGGAACAGUCACACACACAACAUGGGCGAGUGCCUCUCUAAGGGUGCUUUUCCUACAGACUUUCAGAAUUUAUUCAGUCUUUUCUACAGUACUUUUAACUUUUGUUACUCUCACUUUUUGUAGGAACUGUCAAAUGUUUUUGUGUUUUCUUUCCAGAAAGUCUCUUUGAUAAUAACCGGACCCUUUAUCUUUUAUUUAUGUCAGCAGGAGAUCAGCAGAAGCUCUAUAAAUAAAUGCAACAACCAAAUUUACAUUCCACACCUAUCUCUGGAUGUAUGUAGCAGAAAACGUGCCAUUCAUUUUUUGCACAAGAUGUUGAACUGUACAGUGUGUCCGCCUGCUCAUGUGUGACUUGAUCAGAUCUCACUGUGAACUAUGAGAGACUGAUUUUUGAGGGAGGGGAAGUGGAAAUGACUCUUUCCAGUGGAAUGGACAAGUGGCAGAAGCCAUUAUGAAUGGCACUGCUGAUGUUUGAGCAAGAUAGCGAAGAUGCUGAGAUGAAAUCUUGAGCUGACACAUCCAUACCCGUAUCCCACUUAUACUAAAAGAUGAGAACAAUAUCUGUGUACAGUCUCGUCUAUGUUGUUCUGUUUCCUAUUUAAUCAAUAAAACAAUAUGAAUACUUAGCAAGAGGA